UCCUCGGCAACUUAGUUGUGUCGUUGCAGUCGAAGGGUUGGGAUCGUGCUCCUCCGCCUCCCGUGUUCGGUGACUGAGUGAUUGCGAAAACUGAGACUAAUUUUUAUAAUAGUGGUAUUUUAUGUAUUCGCCUUUCCGGAUAUUAACCGUACUCGGAUCAGUGUUCGGUGUAGCCGAUCUACGAGAGGAUGUGGUAUAUAUAGUGCGGAACGGAUUAAAUUGUGGACGAUUUAAAGGUUCAUGCCCGUUGGGCAUAGCGCGUGCCCCUUGGGAACAACACGACGUCAAACAUGGCACCUACCUUCUUGAAUGCCCAAUUUUUGUGUUGUGCUCUUUUUAUAGUUUGUAGCGCGUGAUUCGGAAUACUAAAAAGGAAAAGUAACACUCGGACGACACAAUACGACGUAGCGAGGAUCCACCUAUAUGCCGAUGGGGAGAUUUGCAUAUUAAUAAACCUCUUUUGAUGUGCUACUCCGUCUGCCUUAAAACGGAAAGGUAUUAACCACUUUUGGACAUAGAAUCCAACGGUUUCCUCUUCUUUUUUGGAUAUUGCAAAAUCGGAGAUUUGGAACGUUAUUCUUCAAGAAUAUUCUCUUCUCGUGUACUACGGCAAAUGUGGAUGAUUAUUUGCACAAGUUGAAGUCACCGCUCUGCAUUAUAGGAAUCAGUCAUCCCGAGAUCUUGGCAGAGAAUGUCGCCGCACGUUCUGAAUUGAAAGCUGGGUCGCCCUCACGCCCAUGAUUCCAAUAUAGGUGUCCAUCCCACGGGACUGCGCAUCCUAGCGAACAUCCACGCCACUCUCCGUGAUCCAUCGCCGAAUGCGAAGGUGGGAAAAGUGGCUCAGAAAUCGUUGAAAAUAACGAUUCUCGGUAUGAGUGGGAAUCCACUUUCCCCCGAAUGAAAACAGUGUUGUUUUGGUGUCUCUUUCUGUAAUGCUUCUCCGCGGUUGGACUCGCUGGAGAGUUUCACGAGCGAUGCACUAAGAUUUUGAGACGCAGACAGAGACGUGAAGCCAGUCUUUCAUAUUCUCAUUCUGAAGAAAAAGAUAAAAAAAAAGAUGCUCGUCACCCCUACCAACAAAUACUGAAGCUCGACCCGCACCCAGCGAAGCUUCAGGUAGGAUGAAAACGAGAGACAAUACUUGUGUGACGUACAUGCGGGUCCUCCGUGUCAAACUUCCACCCAAAGGAAUGAGGUAGACACGCGGAGAGAAGCCAAAAAAAGAAAGAAAUAUUUCUACCGAUUCUCCGUAUUUUAAAAUCUCUUCCGGAGAGAGAGAUAAGACAAAUAAGGAGAAGAGAGAUUCAAAGAAGAUAAUGAUAAGAAGCAUGUUGCUGUUACUCUUGUUGCUCAUGUGGGCCACUGACGGACUGGGCGACGAAAAGUUGGAGGUCACCUCUGCUGCUGCUGCUGCUGCCUCAGUGACCCGCCACUAUCAGGGAGACAUUUACAAGGUCAAAGGCGGAGGCGCUUGCGGGUGCGGAAGGGGAGGAGGGACCGUCACUUUAGGACCGGGGGAAGGAUGCCGGUGCCAGUGCCCUCCCAAAAUGCCCACCUUCAGAGACGAUACCCUGACGUGUGUUGCCACUUUGGACGAAUGUAUCUUGGCUGAUUUCGUAAGCAGCACAGGAGCAGAGAAGAUUCCGUACGUCUUCAUGCCUCUCAAACAUCAGUUGGUCCACCCUACGGCUGAAGUAGCGCUGCUAGGACUACAACAUGGCGGGACUCCUCUCAUGUCACCUGUGUGUGUCGUCACCAAGGGCAGCAUCCUCACUCCUGACGGCUGGAAGAAUAUGCCCAAUACCACUACCUUCGAACCGCCCUUCAGGUUAUUUCGCGACGGAGGACGUACCUACGUCCAGUGGGUGGGAGAGGAAGCCGCCCGCGUAGCGGCCGAAGGGCGCCUUGUGAUGGUCACUCUCAUCUGCAGGGACGCGGCCAAACCCGAUACUCCUGUGUUCACUCCUUGCCUGGCCUUCAGAGUGGCUGGAAGUCCUGGAGGAGCGGCGGAAACAGCCGUGUCUGCGCCUGUGCGGGGCGUGGGGUCCUCGGGCCUUUCGUCCAGCGAAGGGGUCAUCAUAGGCCUAGUCGUGACCUGCCUCGCCAUCACGUACAUCGUGGCCAUGACGAUAUACAUCAAAGUGAGGAGGCGAAAGCGGAGGUCUCACAACAGAAGCAAACUGGCCGAGGAGGGCCUUCGAACUCACGCCAAAGGUAGAGGCGGCGGAGGGGGAGGGGGAGGAGGAGGAGGAGGAGGAGGAACUGGUGCCGCGGACAGACGGCCUGGCCGAGCCCUUCCCAAGCCGUCGCUGGUGUCCUCCGAGGAUGACUCCGAUCACGAGGACAUCGUCGACCUCUCCAUGGCCUCGAGGGCGAGGAGAGCCAACAGGGAGCGCAACGGCGUGACCUUCACCACGGCUGUAGUCCAUGGAGAGGGCAUGGGUAGAGGGGCGUGCCACGAGCCUUCGGAUGGCUUAGAGAAAGCUCCCAGGUCUCAUCUUGCCGUUGUGGAGACUCUAGGUGAAUCUGCUGUUGAAGCAGGCGAGCCUCGACCUGUUCCUAUGGUGACUCCUACAGCCGAUAUUCAAGCAGCCCAGGCUAAGAAAAAGCUUUAUUUCAACCCUGCAUAUUUCGAACCCGAAAUGUUACAGUCUCCUCCGCCAGCGGCUCUCGAGUUUUUGGAAAGGAUUCGAGAGAUGAUCACAAUUGCUAAGAGCAAGAUGAAAAUGAAGAUGUAUCAGCCAAGCCUAAUUGACAUACCAGAAGAAGAUUACGAACAUCCCUCUAGACCCAUGAGCAGGUCUACAGAGACUUGCAGCCAGAUAACUCUCCCCAUUGACGACCAGGAACUCAACGACGUGGAGGAGGAAGAGACCAAGUACUCGAGCGACCACAGCAUCCAGAGUGAUUCUCUGGAACGCAAGCCACGCGAAGAUGACAGCCGGAGCUCUACGCUGAGGAAGCUUGCGCGAAGAGUCAACAGCCAGGGCCAAAGUAUAGUUAGUGAAAUCAUAAGAACUUUAGAUCUAAAACCGCGGCUUCCUCCAGUCGAAGGGAUGUAUGGAUCCCAAAACCAAAAAGCUCAGGCUCCCAAACCACCCCCUCCAAAGCCUGUCAAUGCUCGUAUGGAGUCACCCAAUGAACUAGAUGAUGAUUUCCCUGAACUUAUUAAGCCAUCUAUGCUGAGGAGCGUAUUGAGAGAUGGCAAGAGACUCACAGACUUGAACAAUACUUUUGAGAAUUUCAGGCAAGAAAUGAUGGCCACUUUCAAUAGAAUGAAGAAGGUUGGAGAGGCUAUCUCGCCCAAGUCUAGUCUGAGCAGAUCAAAGAACAAGAAUAAAUAUGAAGCCUCUCCUGACAGCACGGUUGAAAAGAAUAAAUCUGGAACUGGUAAUAAUGAAGGGAAAGUUCAGAAAUGGCUGCAAACGCUGGAGAGUAAAAAUUCAUACACAAGAAUGUCUGACAAGCAAAAUGUUGUGUUUGAUUCACGCGUAGGCAUGUCCCAAAAGGAAGGGCUGCCUCCACCACUGCCAGAGAAAAACAGCAAGCCCCCAACGCUACCGAGGAAAAGUAAACCCCUUCCCCAACGUAGCACUUCCUUCCAUGAGGUCAAAGAAUCUGGUAACAGCUCUAAUGAUACAGCCAAAGAUAGCAUCACCCCGAGUCAGCCCUUGCCACCGAGGAAUACUGUAACGAGAUCAUUGUCAUGGCAAAGUGAACAUCGUCAUUAUGAUUCAAAUCCACGCCGACCCCGUCAACAAGUCCCCAUCCUGCCAGAGGAUAGUCUAAAUACCUCAUAUGGUUCUGAGGAUGACUCUUUGAAUGACCUUCUGAGUGAAGCUGAAUCGAAGAUGCCAAAAAUGACUCCGAGCGACUCUGACAGUACUUACUCGGACACAAAACCAGGCCGCAGAGGUUCCGUUGAACGCAAGAGGAAAGACAAACAUGAAAUCAAGUCAUUAUCGAGGCAGCUUCCAAGGGAGGAAGAAAUGACAGCAAGAAAUGAGAUUUUCAACAAGAAUACUGGUGCUAAGACAAUGUCUCGUUUAGCCAAGAGCAAUGAUGCUUCGUAUGAAAAAAUAAGGGACGGAAAUAAGAUGAAAGACAGUGAGGAGGACCAUACAUACGAGGAGAUUCGUUUCCCUGGAGAAGGGAAACAGAGACCAAGGAGAAAAGCUCCAUCAAAACCAAAGGCUAAGAAUAACAUAAGUGAAAUUCAGAUUGACAAAGAUAGAAUUGAUGACGAAGCAUUAUACAAUAUUUACAGUAAUCCUGAAUCUCACGUUAGUGAAGUCACUAUUCCAGAAACUUGCUCAAGUCCCGUUUACUCUGGUUGCAAAGUGACCAUACCAGUUGUUGACAACAUGAACAAUGAAAGUGAAGUGCCGUCAUCAGGGUUUGACCAAGACACUCUAGAGAAAAAGGGCAAAAGGGUGCAACGAAAUGGAAGUAUAAUUCAGGACUCUCUAGAGAGACCAAAAGUAAAAAAGAAUGAUAAAUCAGAAAAUAAAGAUAACAGCAGUCUUGAAAGAAAGAAAGCCCAGAGAAGAAUGUCACUUCCGGGUGAGGCCAGCAAGAAUAAGGACAAAAGCCUCUUAGACAUAUAUGAGUCACGAAGUAGCAACAGGAGUAUAAGAAACUACAAGCAUGUUUCACCUGAGCGCUCAUACUCUCCCGUAAAGUUUUCCAAUCCACCAUCAAAAACACCAGGAUCAUUUUAUCUUAGUAAUAUUAGCAGUGCUAACGAGAAUAAUAAUAAUACUAUUGUGAACAACAGUGACACUCAAAAGAAGAUGAGAACCUUCAAGGAUUAUCAAGAGAUGAAAUUCCAGAGGAACUCCUCAGACUCUGAAGUUAGCAGUAGCCCACUUCCAGUCACAGGUUCAAGCAUCAAUCUGAAUUUCCGCAGCUCAAGUCCCAGUAAUAAAGAACAGAAGGAAAUUAGACCUCCAUUGCCACCAAAAAACACAAGAACGCCAGACAAUGACGCCUCUCCCGUUCUUCCUCCCAAGGGCAGAAAUGUCCGUCCACCUCUCCCUCAGAAGUCAAACAAGAGAUAUGAAACAGAAUCUGACUCAGAGCGUCCUAAGUUGCCUGAAAAGUCGAGGAAAAAAUUUGUUACAGAAUCCCUUUCCAGAUCAUCCAGUGGAGGCUCAAUUCCUGAGCUAACUGAGGAAGAAGCACGAUCUAUCCUCCAUGGUCUGCUCGCUCACACAAUACACGAUGCCAACAGACUGUCCCCUCUUCAUGAGGAAGAAGACACGAGACAUUUUUUAGGGCUAGGGAACACUGCCGUAGACUCUGAGUCCAGGGGCAGUGUUCCCAAACUUAGUUCUUACUCAUCAGGAUCACUAGAAAGUUCAACAUCAUCAGCUUCAUCAUCGUCAUCGCCAUCAUCACCGAAAAGUGACCAGGAGGGUGACACACUUGGAAAAGCUGUGGAGUCAAGCCUUGACCACCAGAUUGUGAAUGGCUAUGGCAAUAUGGAACCACCAGGGUCACCUGGCAGUGAAGCCAGAGUUAGUGGAGAGUUCAUUCUUUCAACCAUUGGCCGAUCACCAUCACUGCGUCGGCAGACUUCACUGAGCAGAGAACAGAAGAGUGGAUUCUUGGCAAAGCUGAGAGACAUGACAGACGACUGUGUCGAGGGCGAGCACAUGUCUAAGGGUAUGGAGAUUGCUUUAGCUCUUAAAGCAAAGACGGAACUAGAGAAACACUUCAAAGAGAAAAGUGGUGCCGACAGCAUCAAGCGUACGUGGAGAAGGAUAAUAGAAAAUGCCGAUGACUCAAAGGAGGACAAGGACAAAAUCUCAAUCAUGCAGCUACAGCAGUACAUGGCCAGUUUAGACCGCAAGGAAAAGGAGACUAAACUGAAGCAGGAAGACUCGGGUUAUCAGAGCACCGAUUCCAGCGAGUCUGGAAAUGGCAAAGCAUUGUCGACCACAUCCACUGUUUCAACGACCAGUGUAGGGUCGUCCAGACCCCUGGCGCCUAGCAGGAGUUUCAGCAGCACGUCCCUCAACAACAGGAACAACAAGCCCACCUUCAAACGCUCCACUUCGCUUCAGCAGUUGGACUCAACCAUCCAUUACCAAUAUUCUAAAUAUGAGCCCACGUUUCAACAUGCCGCCUUCCUCGCGUCACUCGACCGGCGUCACUCAGACUCCAGCAGCACAGGGAGCUCUUCGAUUUACGUGAACAAUUCAUUCGCUAACGACGAUGUAGACAGUGGCAUCGCUCCGUUUGGGUCGGGGUGAUUCUUCUUCGUGAAAGGGCACCCAGUUGAAUCGGUAGUUCAUUCCCUAAGCUGAAGCAGCAGUGUGAACUUCAAGAUCUAGACCAUGUAUUCACUAGACCUAGGUGAACUCACUGGACAGUGCUGAAGGACCGACCCUUCCUGCAACCUUCUCCCGGUUUCUGUGACACAUCAUGUUGCACAAUUUUAUGUAAAUUAACUAUAUAAACAGGUGAAACAUUUGUUAUUUACUUGUGCAUAUUACUUGUGCAUACUGUCAUUGUGGAUCAAACAAUUUUCACUUUUUUCUACAUAGUGAGAUGAAAUCUUAAGGAAGAAAGUGAACCAUCUUAGUCCGAAGGAUAUUAAACAAUAUUUUUAUUAUUCCGUUGAUUAACAUAAACUAUAUUCCAUUACAAGAUUACACCAUUCGUUAACAUACCUUGCCGAUAUGACUUUUGAAAACAGGGUUAGCAAUGAGACAAAUAUCACCGAGUUUAUACUGAUUGAUCUAUGUAUAGUCCGGCAUAGCGUCAACAAAAUUUCGAAUUCGUAAAAUAUUACUUUAUUUUAGAUAUUGUAGAAGGUUUAACAUAAAAAAUGAUGCAGCGUCUUACUUGUACUUUGAACUUUCACGCGUGAGGAUUACAGAUACUAUCUGGAAACAUGCAGACAAAAACGGCGUCUACAACGUGAAGGAGUGUAAAACUAUAUUAGAAGGGUAAUGAUUAAAGAUGAAAGUACAAUGACAUACAUUUAAGAUGUUUCGAUGUGACAGUUCCGUUAGAUGAAAGACUAUAUCGUGGUAGUACAUUUAUAGUGACCUACAGUGAACAUCCUAUAAACACAGUAGUAUUUUCAAAAUCAAGAUUGCAUCAUUGACCAAGGUUUUACAAUGCCAAAUAUAAUUGAGGUUAAGUUUAACAAUGAUUUAGCAUUAUUUUUUUAGCACAGUAACAAUAUCAUGUCAUGGUUGUAGAGUGCUACUGAAAAAGAAUACAUUUGAACCUUGGUCAAUACAAAUCAGCUUAAAACUGUCGAUAUAUCUGUUGUAAUUGUGUAAAGAAAUUUCAUUUCAUCAAAAGUGACUCUUUAGGUUUUCAGUAUAAAAUUCAGUUCUAGUGAACCGUAAUCAUUCUUGGCCUGUUUUUGGUCAUUUUGAACCGCUGAAAUUCAGGUUCAUAUGACAGAACCAGGGGACUUGGUUGGUGUCCGUGUAAAUAUUUCAGGAAUUGUACCAAUAUUCAACUAAAGAUGUACAGACAGUGAACAUAAGUAUUAUUUAUAAAUUUUAAGGUUUUAAUAACAUUGUAUGUAUGUGUAUAAUGACCAACUGUAUAUAUUGUAAUGUAGUGUAUGGUAGCCUAAAUAAAAACAAAUCAUUUACAGCAUUCGAA